GGAAUUCAUGAUCUGCACAAACUGACAAUGUAAAUCUAGCCCUAAACCAUGGCAAACAUGUUAUGGUCUGCCCACAUACUUGUACCUGAUAACUCCAUCAACUCAGUCAGGACAUACAAGAAUGCCUUCAGUUGUACAGUACUAGUGGAUGGCACACAUGGUAUCCAAUAACAGACAGUAUAAAAAACAAGGUGUAACCAGUUGCAAAGGAGUCAUCCAUUCCAGACAAGCAGGUUGUUAGUUCACUCUUGGUACACAAUUUAGGUUACUGGGCUCAAUUUUGUUUGGUGUUGUAUCGCAAGGACAGACCUCCUUUUGGACAAGGGACAAACAGCAACAACCAUUUCAAGGAAUCAUCACAGUAAGAUUGUGGAUCAUAUACCAGUACACCAAAUAAGGAGUGCCCACCAAGUUCAUGGUAAUUCAGUAGGAUUGUUGACGUCUUGCGGACUCCCCAGGAGGCCAUGUACACCAUAUGGGACCACAAAUGAUGGAUUCAAGUUCACAAAGGAGCAAAGAUCCCUUCCGAAGGGUUUCUAUGGAGGAGGCUGGGCUGAGCUUUCCUGAGGUGUUCAGCACCAAGUCUGACAGCUAUGGGAUCCAGCUGUAUGGUUAUGACGAUAUCCCCAAUUUCCUGAAGGGGAACCCGUAUGUGGUGGGUGGGUACAGGGCAUACCUGCCCACUGCACUAUGUCUGAAAAGUCUGUGUGUGCUGUCCAAUGAGACAGUGAACAUCUGGAGUCACCUGCUGGGCUUUGUUCUGUUCUUCAUCCUGGGUGUCUAUGACAACCUGGUGACCAUUCCGGGGGUCCAUGGGACUUACAACGACCAUCUCAUCUAUACUGUGUUCCUUGCAUGCUUCCAGUUUUGUAUGCUGUGUUCUGCUGGCUAUCAUCUUCUCUGCUGCCAUGUAUCAGAGAGAGUCGCUCGCCGCUGGCUGUCCCUGGAUCUGGCUGGAAUCUCAGUCGGAGUUAUGGGCUGUUACUUUCCUGGAGUUUACUAUGCUUACUACUGUAACUUGUUUUGGCGAGACCUGUACCUGUUGCUGGUGACAGUGUUAGUCGCAGUAACAUUGGUGAUGCAGCUCCACCCACACUUCCUGUCAGCCGCCUGGUCCAGUCGCAGGCUGGCCCUGUUCUCUGCACUCGUCGCCUACGGGGUCUGCCCAGCUGUUCACUGGAUAUUCAUCAGUGGGGGGUGGAAUCAGCCUAUGGUACAGGUGUUCUUCCCAAAGGUAGUGAUAAUGUACUUCCUAGGGGUUCUUGCUCUGGUGUUUUAUGGUACUAAGGUGCCUGAGCGCUGCUUGCCAGGUAAGGUGGACUAUGUGGGACACAGCCACCAAUGGUGGCACCUGAUCGUGGUGGCGGCAUUUUACUGGUGGCACCAGUCAGGCCUCAGCCUCAUGCAGUACAGACUGCAGCACCCCUGCCAUGGCCUGGAGACUAGGCUACAGCCUGAUCUAUAAUGGUACAAGUAGGCUUAAGAGGAGGCAUAUACCACCAUUCCUUUGUCAGAUUGUAUGUGUUCACAGAGGAAACCUGUGUUGCAGGUUAGGUAAAGAACAAGGGGCAUUAUGCAUGCUUCAUCAUUUUGGCACAUACAUUUGUACUCCAAUGUCAGUUGUACAUUUAAUAUUUAAGAAAAUACUAUUUCUACCUCAGUAAGACCAACCUUUACAUUAGCUACUUUUGGUUUGUAGCUUUGUUGUCAUGUCAGAUGCUGCUAUUUUAUGGUUUUAUUGACACUGUUAUUCCAGCAUUAAGUAAUCAUAAGUGUGUGUAAGUAUCAUGGCUUGAACAUACAAAAUUCUACAUAUACUAUACUAACACAUGUAAUUGUAUAUAUAUAAAGUCUGAAAUUGAUUUACUGUACUAGUCAGACAUUGAAUCUGUUACUACUACAUGUACAUGUAGUAUAUUUUAGCCAUAAAGAUUCUUUCAUAAAAUAACAAUUGUGCAGUAUAAUAAAGUGAUAUCAAGACUGAAUUGUAUGGAAUGGGCACUUUUUAUGGGAAAAAUGGAGCAUUGAAAUGUUCAUCUCCAACUUGUCCAAUGCCAACUUUUACCAAUCUAUAGUAUUGAAGUUUCAAUAUCUUUAAAGCGUUUACACCAUAUUUAUAUUGUAUGUAAUGUACCAUUAGAAGUGUGUUUACUGUACAAGACCUGUGCAAUAUUGGUAGUAUAAAGUAUGUUGACUGUGGUACAAACAUGUAAGAUCAAACUUAAGACAUGUACUCCAUGGUAAGUUGGUUUGAGUAAAGAUGUUUU